AUGGAUGAUAGCCUCAAGAACUUGCUCAGCCGGUACUCGUUGGAUGAGUUAGACCUUGCCCAGUCGCAGACUCAACGUGCAGAGCCAAUUCCGGAUCGGUCCCCGAGUUCUGGGUCCCUUCCCGUGGCGACUGACGGAAACAGCACGUAUGUCCCUCCGCAUAGAGCCAGGUCGAAAACUCAAAAGAGAAACGCAAAUGGCAGGGCCAGAAAUGGCACUUUUGCAGAGCGCAGCGACCACCGCGAGAAAGUGAAAGACAAACAGGGAGAAGCAGCAGAAGAAGAAACAGCAGCGAAAUUGGCUCAAAGGCGGGCGCGGUUUGCUACACUGGACAAGGCGGGCUCAAACCAGCGCCAUAAGCAGCACGAGUACGGACUCGUCAGCAGAGGAGAGGAUAAACGGCUACAGGAGUCUGAGGCUGCCCGCGAGGAGUACUUUGUCUACAUAUUGAGCCAGUUUAUCCGCUUCACGUCGGCGCAUUCGUCGGUGGAGCUCUCCGAGGCUUUCCAGAAAACCAGAGAUCUGGAUCCGGAGAACUUCCGCACGGCCCAAAGCUCGGCGGAGGAGGACUCCAGUCAAGGUGCACCAAAUAUCACUAUGGAUUCCAUCACAUUGUCGAUUCGGAAAUUGAGAGAAAGCCUAUUGGGCCUCCCGCCAAGUCCGUUUCAUAAAAAGGUGUUUUUGUUUUCAGUGCGAAUAUCGCACUACUUUAGCCACUACCAGACGUACAUAUCGAGCAUCAGGUACCUUCUACACAACGAAUCUGCCCUCAACUUGGCGGAGUUUGAAGUUGAAGAAAUUUCGGUGAUUUUGGUGUUGCAUUUAUGCAACGUCAAUAACGAUCCUUCCUCGGCCAUUGCGAUUUUCUACAAAUACAUCCCGCACAGACAGGACAUUGCUACUAUUCUACGGUGCUGGGUGCUCAAGGAUUUCUACAGCUGGUUGAAGAUAUACAACGAGGUGGAAAACUCGGCGGUCAAGUCGAUGAUGAAGCUUGGCUUGCAAACGAUGCUCAACUGGAUGGUCCGCGCCAUAACAUCCGGCUACUACACUUUGCAGAAGGAAGUGAUUGAGACCAAUUUCCUACCUCUGGACCUACCGUACGCAGAGUUUGCUGCAAGGUACAACAUUUCCUGGCACGAAGAGGAGAAUGACAUGAUUACGAUAAGAAGUAGAGUUAAGAAAUGGAGCCGCUAG